CUGCUCCAGGGUUUCCAUAGACUGUUCUUCCGGGUUGAAGGUACAAACCCUGGUUGGGUUCGGAGCCUCCUGCUUGCCAUCGCCGGGUCCCCUCCCGGGGAGGCUCUCUCCCUCCAAGCAAAGUACAUUGGAGGGGAUCACUGCAUUAAGACCAACAUGGCAAGCAUACUGAAAACGGUGGUGACGAGGUAUUCGAAUCCUCUACUCAUUAAUUUGGGAUCAUUUAAGGUGCUACCCGGGAAGACAGAAGUUUUGCGAACCUUUCACACCCAUCCCACACUAUGGUGUAAAUCACCUGUAAAACCAGGAAUUCCAUAUAAACAAUUGACUGUGGGGGUCCCCAAGGAAAUUUUCCAAAAUGAGAAGAGGGUGGCUUUGUCACCAGCUGGUGUUCAGGCCUUGGUUAAACAGGGUUUUAAUGUGGUGGUGGAAUCAGGUGCAGGUGAAUCCUCCAAGUUUUCUGAUGAUCACUACAGAGCUGCAGGAGCUGUAAUCCAAGGGACGCAGGAAGUAUUAGCAUCUGAUUUGGUUGUCAAAGUUAGAGCUCCCAUGCCAAACCCUGUUUUAGGCACCCAUGAAGCUGAUCUUUUAAAGAAAUCUGGCACUCUGAUUAGUUUUAUCUACCCAGCUCAAAAUCCAGACUUGCUGAGCAAACUUUCCGAAAGAAAAACUACAGUCCUGGCGAUGGACCAGGUCCCAAGAGUCACCAUUGCUCAGGGAUAUGAUGCUCUUAGCUCAAUGGCCAACAUUGCUGGUUACAAGGCAGUUGUACUCGCAGCAAAUCAUUUUGGACGUUUUUUCACUGGCCAGAUCACAGCAGCUGGAAAAGUUCCUCCAGCUAAGAUUCUUAUCAUUGGUGGUGGAGUGGCUGGGCUCGCUUCUGCUGGAGCAGCUAAAGCUAUGGGUGCAAUUGUUCGAGGGUUCGAUACGAGAGCUGCAGCUUUGGAGGCAGUUUAAUCUCUUGGGGCAGAGCCUUUGGAAGUGGACUUGAAAGAAUCAGGAGAGGGACAAGGGGGAUACGCCAGAAUGUCCAAAGAGUUCAUUGAGGCUGAAAUGAAACUCUUUGCCCAGCAGUGUAAAGAAGUUGAUAUUCUCAUCAGUACAGCCCUUAUUCCAGGUAAAAAAGCCCCAAUUUUGUUUACGAAAGACAUGAUUGAAUCGAUGAAGGAAGGCUCAGUUGUUGUGGAUUUAGCAGCUGAAGCAGGAGGAAACUUUGAAACUACUAAGCCAGGAGAACUUUAUGUCCACAAGGGAGUUACUCACAUAGGCUACACAGACCUUCCUAGUCGAAUGGCUACCCAGGCCAGUACACUGUAUUCAAACAAUAUCAUCAAACUUCUAAAGGCAAUCAGCCCUGACAAAGAUAAUUUCCACUUUGAGGUGAAAGAUGACUUUGACUUUGGCACAAUGGGCCACGUUAUUAGGGGGACUGUGGUAAUGAAGGAUGGCAAGAUAAUUUUCCCAGCACCGACACCAAAAAAUAUUCCUCAGGGAGCCCCUGUGAAACCAAAGACUGUAGCCGAGCUAGAAGCUGAGAAAGCAGCUGCUCUUACCCCAUUCCGCAAGACCAUGACCACAGCAUCUGCCUACACAGCAGGUCUAACUGGUAUACUUGGUUUGGGCAUUGUAGCUCCCAAUUCAGCCUUCUCUCAGAUGGUGACAACUUUUGGAUUAGCUGGCAUUGUGGGCUACCACACAGUUUGGGGUGUCACCCCUGCUCUCCAUUCACCUCUGAUGUCUGUAACUAAUGCUAUCUCAGGUUUGACUGCAGUUGGAGGUCUGGCACUAAUGGGAGGACACAUGUAUCCUUCCAAUGCUCCUCAGGGUCUUGCUGCACUUGCUGCUUUCAUAUCCUCUGUCAACAUUGCAGGUGGUUUCCUGGUGACCCAGAGGAUGUUGGACAUGUUCAAACGUCCGAAUGAUCCCCCUGAAUACAACUACUUGUAUCUGCUCCCAGCAGGUACCUUUGUUGGGGGUUAUUUAGCUUCACUCUAUGGUGGUUACAACAUUGAACAGAUGAUGUAUCUGGGCUCAGGUCUGUGUUGUGUCGGUGCUCUGGCUGGUCUUUCCACGCAAGGAACUGCUCGUCUUGGAAAUGCCCUGGGCAUGAUUGGUGUUGCUGGAGGUUUGGCAGCCACUCUGGGAAGUCUUAAUCCGAAUCCAGAAUUGUUAGCUCAAAUGUCUGGGGCAAUGACUCUGGGUGGCACCAUUGGUUUGACGAUUGCUAAGCGUAUCCAGAUUUCAGAUUUACCUCAGUUAGUUGCUGCUUUCCACAGUUUGGUAGGUUUGGCAGCUGUGUUUACUUGUGUAGCAGAAUACAUGGUUGAGUAUCCACAUUUUGCAAUGGAUCCAGCAGCAAACCUCACCAAGAUUGUGGCUUACCUAGGUACUUAUAUUGGUGGUGUGACUUUUAGUGGCUCACUCAUUGCCUAUGGAAAAUUGCAGGGAAUACUGAAAUCUGCUCCUCUCCUCCUACCUGGAAGGCAUUUACUUAAUCUAGGCUUGUUGACUGCUAGUGCAGGUGGAAUGAUUCCAUAUAUGCUUGAUCCAAGCUAUACAAUGGGAAUUACCUGUCUGGGUUCUGUGUCUGCCCUCUCAGCCAUCAUGGGUGUGACUUUAACAGCUGCUAUUGGUGGUGCUGACAUGCCUGUAGUCAUCACUGUAUUGAACAGCUACUCAGGAUGGGCUUUGUGUGCUGAAGGUUUCCUUCUCAACAACAACUUGCUCACUAUUGUGGGUGCUCUGAUUGGCUCCUCUGGUGCUAUCCUCUCCUACAUCAUGUGUGUGGCCAUGAAUCGUUCUCUGGCUAAUGUGAUCCUUGGAGGCUAUGGGACUACUUCAACAGCUGGUGGGAAACCUAUGGAAAUUUCUGGCACACAUACUGAAAUUAAUCUGGAUAAUGCUAUUGACAUGAUAAAAGAAGCCAAUAGCGUCAUCAUUACUCCAGGCUACGGUUUGUGUGCAGCUAAAGCCCAGUACCCUAUAGCUGAUUUGGUAAAGAUGCUUACUGAACAAGGCAAGAAGGUCAGGUUUGGAAUCCAUCCAGUUGCAGGCCGAAUGCCUGGUCAGCUGAAUGUACUGCUAGCUGAAGCUGGGGUCCCAUAUGAUAUUGUAUUAGAAAUGGAUGAGAUCAAUCAUGAUUUCCCAGAUACUGAUCUAGUCCUUGUAAUUGGUGCAAAUGACACCGUUAAUUCAGCAGCUCAAGAAGAUCCCAAUUCUAUCAUUGCUGGAAUGCCAGUUUUAGAAGUCUGGAAAUCAAAACAGGUAAUUGUUAUGAAGAGGUCUCUGGGAGUUGGCUAUGCUGCAGUGGACAACCCAAUAUUCUACAAACCCAACACUUCCAUGCUUUUAGGGGAUGCCAAGAAGACCUGUGAUGCUCUACAGGCAAAAAUUAGGGAAUCCUAUCAGAAGUAGAUAUCAGUUACCAUUGUUUAAUACAACUCCUUCAACUAUAUGAACAAAAGAAUGUCUGUAAGGUAUAAAUCAUGUCUUUGAGAAAGACAAGACUGAAAAAAUACAAAUGAAAAGGACAGAUAUCAUUCAAAUGUAAUGAAUUGUCAUAGUUUUUCAAAGAAGCAUUGAAGAUUCUGUAACUUUCUGUGCAUAUAUUUGAUAUGUCAGAAGCAUUUUACAAAAGGAGAAUAUCAUCAUUUUAGGUGAAAUCCAGUUGAAAAAAUUUUCUUCUCUUUACUUUUAGUAGCCAACACUUUUUCAAGAACCAGAAAUAUGGCAUUUUAGGAACCUUCUAAGCACAUUAACCUAAAAAUAGGUCAUGAUGUAAACAUUGUAUGCACGUGCAUUCCAAAUUUUUUGUUUAUCAAAUGAGGAUAAUUUAAAGCUUUAUCUACUCUUGAGUUGUCCUCUUGAUGUUUAAUCUUAUUUUAAAUUAACCAUAUCAAACUUUUCAUUUUUUCAGUUUCUUGUUUCAAAACCUAAGUUUUGGGGUUAUUUUUGUAUAAUAUACUUUUUUUUUUAAGUGAGGCAAUUGGGGUUAAGUGACUUGCCCAGGGUCACACAGCUAGUAAGUGUUAAGUGUCUGAGGCCAGAUUUGAACUCAGGUACUCCUGACUCCAGGGCUGGUGCUCUAUCCACUGCGCCACCUAGCUGCCCCUUGUAUAAUAUACUCUUAAGGGCUCAGCUAACCUCUUUGAAAUUUGGUAAACAUUAAAUGUUCACUGAAAGCUAUAUGUGUUGAGCCAUGAUGAAAUAUACCAAUUUGAAAUCUGUUUUACUUUUAAAAUUUAACUCCCUUUAUAAUAUAAGAACUCUUUGAGUUCAUAUGGUAGGUUUAGUUCAGUACUCAAUUUAUGUUGUGUAGGGUUGUUUUAUUUUUAUUAAGUGCACUUGAGUGGAAUUCAAAUAUUUGACUAAUAAAAUGAAUUUAUCAUGUUUGCAUAAUGAUGUAGCAACUGUUUCUGGUGACAAAGGCUAAAUACAGAUAAUUCUACUUGUGUUAGAAAGCAUUAACAUCUGGGGAAGACAUGCUACUAUGAAGUAAAUGAAAUUAACCCAUCUUAACUGUUUAUAGAAAUGAUUUUUCAAAUCAUUGUGUCAGGUUCUUGUGUGAUUGAUGACAUUUGAAAAAAAUAUGAGCACUUUUUUCACUACCUCUGUAUUUAUGCAAAUACCAGUAAAAAGAAACUGACCCUAUCUUUUUGAAGCAGAAAUAUAGAUUGUUGGUUGAUCUUGUCUGCUGUGCCAAAAAGCUCCAUAUAUUCUUGACUUUGUGGCAAAAGUGUACACAAAUAUUAAAAACAUUUGUAUAAAUUUCAGAUUAAUUUACCUCUAUAGAAUUCAGCCAUCUUCUUCAGUUAAUAAAUGUAGUCUAGAAAAUCAUGCUUAAACCAAAAAAAAAGAUUUAUUUUUGUCAUGUUUCACUUUGAAGGAUUUAUUCAUUAGGUAAACAUCUUAUGUUUCUGUGUGCCUCAUUAAGUUCAGUGUUUUCUAUGAAUAGGAAAGUACCCUUUCCUUUGUAUUUUAAGUAACAAAUGCAAUAGACUAAUGGAUCACAACUUACUUUUAACUUCAGGACUGUAUUUUAUCGUGAAAGGUUUAUUUGAAAGAGUAAAUGGCAUUUCCUUCCUGAUGCCAUUUCGGUAUGGUAGGGAGGUCUAAAUGGGAGGGCAGACACAUUUAUUCUUUGGAUAUAGCUGCUACAGUCAGAUUAAACUGAAAGCAGCCAGAUUAUGUCUUGAAUCAUUAUUAUUCUUGCCAUUUGUAGUAGUCUUUUAACAAAUCUCAGUGAAAUUCCCAGUGAUCUUACACUUUUUCUACUUGGCAAUCCUUUGUCAUACAAUCCUGUUAAGGGAAAUGAAAAUUAAAUUCAAAGUGAUUUUAUCUGACAGAUUUAUUUUUGAGCAUACUGCUUCACUUGUAGUCCUCCCCAAACUGAUGGUCUUAAAUUAAUUCACAAUAAAAUUUUAAAUGCCCAAAUUAUUUUGUUUCCACAUAAGAAUAUCGACAUUAGUGGAUAUUCUUUUUUACUCUCUAUAUUGUCUUAAAUGGCUUUUGUAGUAGUAAAGCACUUGUGUGCCUAUAAUGUUCACCAUAUAUUUUUGCUUCUUGAUUACACAUGGUGCAUAUCUAUUUCUUCCCUUCCCUUCAUAGUCUGACAUUGAAAAAAGAAUGACUUAGUAUUUUAUAUCCUGCUAUACCUAAGUAAGCAAAUUAGGAUACAUGCUGACAUUCAUUAGUCUUUAGUAUUCAUGCAUUCUUUUCUGCUGGAGUGGACUAUUUGUUUUGAAAUCAAUAACCUUGCUAAACAGGCCACCAAAUGGUUUAAUAAAUAAUGCCUAAAAUGUU